AUGGCUUCGUCUUCCUCACUACUUUCUCUCAUACUAUCCGUCGCAUCCUUCUUCGUCGCUAGUCUCGCCGACGCCACCAUCUUAACCCUCGUCAACAACUGUAAGUUCACCGUCUGGCCCGCCGCCAUCCAGCCCAACGCCGGCCACCCCGUUCUCGCUGGCGGUGGUUUCGUUCCCCUCCUCACUCAUAUCUCCAUCCCCGUACCAGACCGACACUGGUCCGGUCGGGUAUGGGCUCGAACGGGUUGCGGCUACUCCGGCAACCAGUUCAACUGCGCCACCGGCGACUGCGGAGGUCACCUUCAGUGCAAUGGUGCCGGCGGCGCACCUCCGGCGCUCUGGCUCAGUUUCAGCAUACACCACGGUCAACACGACUACUCCUCUUACGGUGUCAGCCUCGUGGACGGCUUCAACGUCCCGAUGACGGUGACCCCACACGAGGAAGGCGUGUGUCCAGUGGUGGGGUGUCGCGUGGAUCUGCUUUCGACGUGUCCUCCCGGGUUGCAGCACCGUGUGCCGCAGGGUCAUGGUCCGGUGAUGGCGUGUAAGAGCGGGUGCGAGGCUUUCAGGACGGACGAACUAUGCUGCAGGAACCACUACAACAGCCCACAGAUGUGUAAACCGUCAAUAUAUUCAGAUUUCUUCAAGCACGCGUGCCCUGCCACCUUCACUUACGCUCAUGACAACCCUUCGCUGAUGCACGAGUGUUCUUCCCCGAGGGAGCUUAAGGUGAUUUUCUGCCAUUAGUAGGUAGGAUGAGGAUGACGGGUCACUCAGGUGACCUGAUUAUCUGGGAUCCUCUGAAUAAGAAUGGAAAAUGUGAACUCAAGAACAAUGUAAGCGGGUUAGUGGUCCUUCAGUGUUAAUUAAUGGUCAAAUCAAUGUAGCGGUUGUCUUUCAGCUUUUGCCUUCACGGUCUUGCGGUCCUGUUUACUGCUUGUCUUGUGCCGGUUUGACACUUCAAACCAAUAAUGCUACCAGCUAUGUGUGUGUAUGUAGCCGAGAAAUUUUGCAUUUGCAGAUGUAUUUUUAAUAACUUACUUUAUUUUUUAUAA